AGUGGGACAGUCGAUGCAGUGCGGUUGCGUUUUCUCUAUAUCUCCGCCGGAAAAGAACCAGCAAGUUGCGCGCAAAGUACAGUGAGAGGCAUUCUCACUUUAUUUUUGUUUGGUACCUUAGCGGUUCAGUUUUUUAUGCUUUUGAAACGAACAUUUAAGUUGGAGUUUACAGUACAGUGUAUUUGCAUGUGUAAAUUUUGUGCCAUGUCAGACUCACGCAGCAGUUAAAAGUUCAGCUCCCUGCGAAAAUCUUAUCUAAUAGUUAGUUCUUCACACGCCUUCGGUCGCCAACUACCGCUGCAGUGAUUGUGUAAUCAUUUGUUUGGAAUUGCCUUGAAUAGUAUUUUGAAGUGACUGAAACCAAAUAAAUACCAGUUGAUACCGGUCAAGACCCGACCCUGAACGCAAAGUGCAUUCAGUGUGCAGUGAUAAUCUGCUUGCUGCAGCAGCAAACCCGCCAUGGCUGAAGCCCAUUCGGCUGUUGCGUUCUCGUUUUCCAUCACUCACGAAGGAUGGCACCUGAACUACGAUCGGGAAGUGUUGAACCUUGUCUGGCAGUCUGGUGUUAGAUCGUGGAAAAAACGAUUGGCACGAUUCCGGACCGGAAUCCGCAACGGAGUAUACCCAGCACAUCUGCAGAGCCUGUGGCUAGUGAUAGCCGUUGCAAUAGCACUUCACUUCACACAACGCCAGGUUCCGUUCAACUUAGUCAGUAAAUUCUUGUCGGUUUUACCAGGUGAUACGGUAAACUAUCAGGUUGCGGCAUGUGGGCUAGCCGGACUAUUUUUCUGGCUAUGUAUAUGUUAUACAAUGCGGUACUCAUUGAAGCUGUUACUCAUGUACAAAGGGUGGAUGUACGAAAAACGGGCACCGGGUAGUAAGGUUUCCCUGCCGACGAGAGUGUGGGCAUUGAUUGUCAAAGUAUUAGCAACCUGGAACAAACCGGGUCUAUAUAGCUUCCAAGGUUCUCUUCCACGUCUCCCAUUACCGAGUGUGGAAGAUACAAUGAAAAGGUACUUGCGCUCGGUGCGUCCCUUGCUGGAUGACAAUAAUUACACGCGCAUGGAAAGACUUGCCAAGGAAUUUCAAAGCGGCAUUGCCACGAAACUACAGCGCUAUUUGCUGCUAAAGAGUUGGUGGUCAACCAAUUACGUAUCGGAUUGGUGGGAAGAGUACGUGUAUCUGCGCAGCCGUGGUGCUUUGAUGGUGAACAGUAAUUUUUAUGGUAUGGAUGCAAUUUUCACGCAACCUACCACUGUUAGAAGUGCCCGUGCAGCCAGUGUAAUCAAUAUGCUGCUUCAGUUCCGUAGGAUCGUCGAACGGCAAGAGCUGGAGCCUAUCCUAGUACAGGGUCUGGUACCACUCUGUUCAUGGCAGUAUGAGCGUAUUUUCAACACGGUGCGUAUACCAGGAGUCGAAACCGACAAAAUCGUGCACUACCAGGACUCUAAUCACAUAGUUGUGCUGUACCGAGGAUGCUACUAUAAAGUUGUCAUUUACCAUAAUGGUCGUAUUCUGCGUCCAUGUGAGAUUCAGAUCCAGAUUGAGGAAAUAUUACACAGCAGCGACAAGCCACAGCCUGGUGAGGAAUUGCUUGCAUCACUAACUGCCGGCGAUCGCACCAAGUGGGCCAAAAUUCGUGAAUCAGUAUUUGCAAAGGGGGUUAAUAAAACCUCUUUGCAUUUAAUUGAGAGUUCGGCGUUUCUACUAUCACUGGAUGAAACUCCGUUCGAGUUCGACAUGGCCCAUCCAGAGAAGCUCGAUCAGUUUGGAAGGAAUCUAUUGCACGGAAACGGCCACGAUCGGUGGUUUGAUAAAAGUUUCACCGUUUGCAUUGGAAGCAAUGCUAGGGUUGGAUUUAAUGCUGAACAUACCUGGGCGGAUGCAGCAGUGAUGUCACACAUCUGGGAAAUGUUGAUCAUGGAAGAAACUCAUCCGCGGGCCGAUGCACCUGUAUUGGCGCACGUUUGGGAGAACAUUGUAGCGGAGGAGGCUUUACAAAAACGAUAUGAUGAGAACGGAAACACGCUCGGUAUUCCAGAAUUUGAGCCACCGAAGCCAAAACGGCUGGUGUUUGAUUUGGACAACAAUGUAGCGCUGGACGCUAUACAAGAGGCUCACCUUGCUGCACAGCAGUUGUUAAAUGAUGUCGAUCUGAGAAUUUUUGUGCAUGAUGCUUACGGAAAGGGAUUGAUGAAAAAGUGCCGUCUGUCACCGGACGCUUUUCUCCAGAUGGCUCUCCAAUUGGCCUAUCACCGCGAUGCUGGCAAGUUUUCACUAACCUACGAAGCCUCAAUGACUCGACUAUUCCGUGAGGGUCGUACCGAAACAGUGCGCCCAUGCACGAUCGAAUCAGCGGCCUGGGUGAAAUCUAUGGAUGAUCCUACUUGCACCGUCCAGGAGCGCGUUAAGCUUUUGAACGAUGCCUGUGAUCGUCACCAACUGGGUUACCAAGAUGCCAUGUGCGGUAAGGGCAUCGAUCGCCACUUGUUCUGCCUAUAUGUGGUAUCUAAAUAUCUGGAACUGGACUCGCCGUUCCUGAAGGAAGUACUCAGUGAACCGUGGCGAUUGUCUACUAGUCAAACCCCCCAUGGGCAGACCUCCAAAAUGGAUCUGAAAAAGCAUCCCAAUUGUAUUAGCGCCGGUGGUGGCUUCGGUCCAGUAGCCGACGAUGGUUAUGGUGUUUCGUAUAUUGUUGCUGGCGAGGACCUGAUAUUCUUCCAUAUCUCGUCGAAAAAAUCAUGCGGGACGACGAGUUCUGAACGAUUCGCGCAGCAGAUCGCCCGUGCGUUGGCAGAUUUGAAAAACUUGUUUGAGCAAUACAAAAGCCAACAGCAAAAGAAUGUUUCUAAUGGCACAGCAGCUAACUAGGAGUCCAGCGAUGCUUUCGCCUCAAGUUGAAAGUAGAGGACGGACGGUGUGCAUUGAUGAAUGAGCGACAUCAGAACUGAAUUAACACUCAUACAAAAGAAAAACAUAUCCACCGUUAUCGCUAACGGCAGCAAAGUAAUGCUCUUCACUUUGUCCAAACGUUUCUGCUAUUUACUACAAUUGUGUUUUGUUAUAGCUAUUACUUAUUUUAGACAGUUAUUCGCAAAAUAAUUUAAAUAACAUUUUAGGCGUUAUGUAUAAAAAUGAUGUGGAUAUUAGAAGUUAGUCUUUUUAGUGAAAGGUUAUAUUAAAUUCUAAUUAAUGUAAAUCAGUUAAAAGAUAAUUUGCAGCAACUCUACACACAGACUCAAAUUUUAACUUUGCACGACAUUUGCAAUUUCUGAAUGGAAUGUAAAUUAAAAACUUUAUACCAUCAUUUGACUGCUGUUAAAAAUUAGUUGAAGCAUCUAAAAAUCAACAGAAGACAAUCAAUUUGUAUUCAUAGAAUCCUUUUGUAUGUAUUAAUUUUGGUGAUUAUUGUGACCAUUAGCGAUAACAUGUUGGUUAUUUAACAUUCUUCUUUCUUCCGGCUUUUUACGACUAUAACAACAAACAAUGAAUUCUUUUUUUCCUUUUCCUAAUUUGUAAUUAUCAGUGCUAUGACGUGCGUACUUUGAAUUUGCUUUGUACCAAAAAUAAAAUCAAAUUUAAGCAGUGUUUGGUAUCCUCAGGGGAAAAACAAUACAACUAGAAAAAUCUGACUUUAUAGUUGACGUCAGGCUUGAAAAAUCGUGUGUCACAAUUGAAGCAAUUUUCAAUGCAAUUUAUAAAGAAAUUGAAGCUAAUGAAGCAGUUUUUAGGAUAUACGAUGUUUUAGUCUCGAGGAAACAGAUAUCUAGCAGAUUAUAUUUUUGCCAAUACCGGUUCUAUGAUGAGGUAAUAAAGUCAGUAUGCAAUCGAACGGUGGCAAUGUGAGAUUUGAUUUAAUAAAAUAU